GACAACAAUCUGACCUGGUACACUAGUAGACCAGAGUUGACCGAAUGCUUUGAUAAGACAGCCCUCGUGUGGACCCCAACGAUAUUCCUCUUCAUCUUCUCUCCUCUACUCCUCUACUCAUUCAUCCGAAGCCUUCUCGUCAAACACAACGAUAACAGCGGCGAUAAAAUCGCUUCAUUACCUGACAUCACAGCGGGGUUUAUGAGAUUAAUAUCAUCGGCAGCAAUAUUUGUGCUAUUUUGGCUCCAGGUGCGAAGGGGUAUCCACACAAGUGGUGUCAUUUGGUUUUAUUUCUUGAUUUCCGUCAUAUGCGGAGCGCCUACACUUCACGGUCAUAUCCAUUGGCAUCGACCAGAAGUCUACGAAUGGAUACUAUUCUGCACAUCAUAUUCGGUGACAAUUGUAUUGUUUUUCAUCUACUGUUUCGCCGAUACUUUGCCCCGAAAUGAGAAGAAAGGUGACGAAACGAGUGCCAACUGUCCCAAAGACAGCGCCUCCUUCUUAUCUCGACUUACCUUUCAGUGGUUCACAGCAAUGGCUAUCCAGGGCUGGAGGAAACCACUUACUGUUCCCGACCUGUGGAAUGUGAGGGAUGGGGAUAAUUGUGCCACAAUUUACACACUAUUCAACAAAUACUGGCUCUCAUUGGAGAGAAAACAGGACAAGAAAUUGUUUAACAGACAAACCUCUACCCAAUCUAACAGCAAAACUAAUGAUAAAAAUGGUCUCAAUUAUAACGGCGGCACAAAACCUAAGCCGAGUCGACAGACCUCUAAAUCGGACAAAGAGUUCGCAAAACCAAAGGUCGGGAUAAUGCAGACGAUGUACAGAACCUUUUGGUUCUACUUCUUGACCGGAGCCUUCUUCAAGCUGCUCAACGAUGUCCUCACUUUCCUUAACCCGCAGAUCAUGAAGAUACUAAUGGCGUACAUAAACGACAAGAAUGAGGAGGAAUGGCACGGAUACCUGUAUGCCGUACUGCUGUUUGUGGUGACAAUGCUUCAGAUCCUGACACUCAACUACUACUUCAACCGAAUGAUGGUCAUUGGGAUGAGGAUUAGGACGUGUUUAGUGGCCGCCAUAUAUCGUAAAUCCCUGCGUCUGUCAAAUACGGCUAAAACUCAGUCCACGACCGGAGAAAUUGUGAAUCUGAUGGCAGUCGACGCCCAGAGAUUCAUCGAAAUGACAGCAUUUAUUAACUUGAUUUGGUCGGCGCCCCUACAAAUCCUACUGUCCAUGUAUUUCCUUUGGCAAGAAUUAGGAAUAUCUGUGUUGGGAGGGCUGGCAGUCAUGUUAAUUAUGAUACCCAUCAACGGCUGGUUAACCAAAGUGUCGAAAACAUUGCAAAUCAAACAAAUGAAGUUAAAGGACGAGAGAGUGAAGGCUAUGAAUGAGAUACUAAACGGCAUUAAAUUAAAGGACGAGAGAGUGAAGGCUAUGAAUGAGAUACUAAACGGCAUUAAAGUGUUGAAACUGUACGGAUGGGAACAGGCCUUUAUGGACGACAUACUGAAGAUCCGUAACCGGGAGUUGAAUAAUCUGAAGACAAUUAAUUACAUCGGAUGUGUUCUCCAGUGUCUGUGGUAUUGCGCGCCGUUCUUCGUGUCAUUCGUCAGUUUUGCCAUUUAUGUGCUCAUAGAUAGUGACAACCAAUUGACGGCUACGAAGGCAUUCGUCUCCCUCUCCCUCUUCAAUAUCCUCCGUUUCCCUCUCACUAUGUUACCCAAUCUGGUCACUAGUAUUAUUAUGACGAGUGUUUCAGUGAAACGAUUGAAUAAAUUCCUGAACGCCUCUGAAUUGAGUGGUUAUGUGAGCCGAGACUUCAACGAGAAGACAGCGAUUAGUGUCAGGAAUGCAUCGUUCAGUUGGCAGAAGACAACCGAAUCCGAUGCCACUGAAGACUCGCAUCACAUGAUUCUCAAUGAUAUAAACUUCGAGAUCGAGAAGAACUCAUUCGUGGCGGUCGUGGGGUCUGUCGGCUCCGGCAAGAGUUCACUAUUGAGUGCACUGUUGGGCGAUAUGGAGAUAGAGGACGGAUCCAUUAAUAUCUGUUCCUCACAAAAAAUAGCUUACGUUCCCCAACAGGCGUGGAUCCAGAACUCGAGCCUUAAGAAUAACAUAUUGUUUGGCAAAACAUUAGACGAUAAACGGUAUCAAUCGGUGAUCAACGCCUGUGCCCUCAAACCAGACCUCGAGAUACUUCCCGGUGGGGAUGAGACAGAAAUCGGGGAGAAGGGCAUCAAUUUGAGCGGAGGUCAGAAGCAAAGGGUGAGUCUGGCCCGGGCCUGCUUUAGCGACGCUGACCUCUACCUGUUUGACGAUCCAUUAUCUGCAGUCGAUUCACACGUCGGUAAACAUAUCUUCGAGGAAGUGAUGGAUUCGAAGACCGGUUUUCUAAGGAAUAAAACCAGAGUUUUGGUCACAAAUAGUCUGACAUUUCUCCCUCAGACCGAUAAGAUAAUAGUGUUGAGAGAGGGGAGUAUAGGAGAGACGGGCACUUUCGACGAGUUGAUGACACGGAAGGGGUAUUUCGCGGAAUUGAUUAAUCAGUACUCGUCUAACAGUCUAAACAAAGAGGAAGAGGAAGAAAAGGGACCGAAGAAGAAGUCGGGAACCGUUAAGGAGACCAAAGGCGAGAAGAAGUUGGUGGAGGCGGAGAAGGCAGAGACGGGUCGAGUCAAGUAUUCGGUGUAUUUCCGAUAUUUUAGGGCCAUUUCCCUGUUUUGGUGCAUAAAUACGCUCAUCAACUAUGCAUUGAUGCAGACAUCGGUCGCCGGAUCCAGUCUAUGGUUAGCCGAGUGGUCGGACGCCACCGAACGCGGGGACACGAGAACCGCUUAUUAUCUGGGAAUCUAUGGAGCGUUGGGUCUAAUCCAAGCGGUGUUUGUAACGUACGGCUGGUAUGCUAUGACUCGGGGCAGCAUAAAAGCGGCCAAAUUCUUGCACCAGAAGAUGUUGGAGCAGAUACUCCACUCUCCCAUGUCUUUCUUCGAUACCACACCACUCGGAAGAAUACUCAAUAGAUUUAGUAAAGAUGUGGACACUUGUGAUGCAACACUUCAACAGACUAUAAGUGAAACCCUGUCCGGUGUGGCCACUAUACGCGCCUACGGUGUGAACGAGCAGUUCAUCAAAGAGUCUGAUGACAGACUGGAUCUGAAUAACGCCUGUUUCUACCCCAAUGUGGCGGCCAAUCGAUGGCUGUCCAUACGGCUGGAAAUGGUGGCCAACUUUAUCAUACUAUUCGCGGCUAUAUUUGCGGUCUUACAGAGGGACGACUUGGGUGCGAGUGAGGUGGGGCUCAUAGUGUCUUAUGCAUUAAGUACAACCCAGAAUUUGAACUGGUUGGUCAGGGUCAUAUCGGAUUUGGAGACCAAUAUCGUAGGUGUGGAGCGUAUCCUAGAAUACACUGAUUUGAAUACAGAGGCGGAAUGGCAUUUGGAGGCGACGGCGCCUCAAAGCGGUUGGCCUUUCAAAGGGAAUAUAGAUUUCGAAAGCUAUUCAACAAAAUACAGAGAAGGACUCGAUUUGGUUCUCAAACAGAUUUCGGUGAACAUAAGCGCCGGCGAAAAGAUAGGAAUAGUCGGGCGGACAGGGGCUGGAAAAUCGUCGCUUACUUUAGCGCUAUUCAGACUCAUUGAAGCCACGAAUGGAAAGAUAGUGAUCGAUGGCAUCAAUAUUAGUGAUAUUGGUUUACAUCAGUUGAGGUCCAGACUAACGAUUAUACCACAGGAUCCCAUCCUCUUCAGUGGCACUAUUCGUUCAAAUUUGGAUCCGUUUAGCAGCUAUUCUGACGAUCAAAUCUGGAAGGCGUUAGAGUUGUCACAUCUGAAGGCAUUUGUCUUGUCUCUGGACUCAUCUCUUGAGCAUAAGGUGGCGGAAGGCGGAGAAAAUUUGAGUGUUGGUCAGAGACAACUCAUAUGUCUGGCCAGAGCUCUGUUGAGGAAUACAAAAGUGUUGAUCUUAGACGAGGCCACCGCUGCUGUCGAUCUCGAAACUGAUUCACUAAUUCAGACUACUAUAAGGAAAGCCUUCUCCGAGUGCACUGUCCUUACGAUCGCUCAUCGAUUGCAUACAAUUUUGGACUCAAAUCGUGUGCUCGUAUUAGACGAGGGAAGAAUAGCUGAAUUCAAUUCACCGGAAAAUCUGUUGGCAAAUGAAAACUCAGUUUUCUAUUCACUCGCAAAAGACGCCGGAAUUAAGAGUUAA